AUGCCGGCUGGCUCCCUGGGCAUCAAUGCAUCCCGCCUGAACGACAAUCUGGACGCCCUGGGCGACGAUUGGCAUCACGACGAGGGAUGCACAGCGUGGUGGCGUUCUCGCGCUCUUCGACAUCCCCGCCGCGUGCGCAAUUACGUGAUUGAGCUGAUGCAGUCGGCGGGGUUAUCGGUGCGUAUCGACGCCGCCGGCAACAUCAUUGGCCGCAUCGAGGGAACCGACCCGUCGCUGCCGGCCAUCGUGUUGGGGUCCCACACGGACACCGUCCCGGCCGGCGGUCGGUAUGACGGGGCGCUGGGGGUGAUAGCCGCUAUCGAGGUGGUUCAGGCGAUAAAAGACUCAGGACGAACAUCGCGGCAUCCGGUGGAGGUGGUGGUGUUUACCAACGAGGAGGGCACCGGGUUUCACCGCUGGCUGCUGGGGAGCCGAGCCGUGGCCGGGCUGUGGGAGCCGGAGGAUUUUUCGGCGGUGGGCGACGAUGGGGUCGCGCUGGCAUCGCGUUUGCCCGACCUGGGCGGCAACAUCUCGCGAAUCGACGAGGCCCGGCGGCGUCCGGACGAACUUGCCUGUUACCUGGAACUGCAUAUCGAGCAGGGCCCGACGCUGCACCGGGGCGGUUUUCCGAUUGGCGUGGUUACAGGCAUAACGGGCCGAUCCGUGUAUCACAUCGACAUAGUGGGCGAGGCUAACCAUGCCGGGACGACGCCGAUGUCGCUACGGCGCGACGCGAUGUCGGCGGCGGCGCAGGUUGCCCUGGCGGUGCGGCACAUCGCCGGCGAGAUGGAGGUGUGCCGGGUUGGCACCGUGGGCAGCAUGGAGGUGCACCCGAACGCCGCCAACGUGAUUCCGGGACGGGUGGUUCUGGGUUGCGAGUUUCGGGAUGAACGGAUGGAAUCGCUGGCGGCGGCGGAAGUGGAGCUGCGACGCACUGCCGAGGAGGUGGCCCACGCCGAGCAGGUGGCGAUAACGGUUACCGCCCAACGGAACACGCCGUCGGUGCCCAUAUCAAGCAACAUGCAGCAACUCAUAGCCGACGCAACGGGUUUGGCCGGCCUGGAGCACAUCAGCCUGCCCAGCGGAGCCGGCCAUGACGCCCAGGCAAUCGCCACCGUUACGCCGUCGGCGAUGGUGUUCGUUCCCAGCGUGGGCGGGAUCAGUCACGCCCCGGCGGAAUAUACGACGCCGGAGGACUGCGCCAACGGGGCGCAGGUGCUCCUGAACGCAAUGGCGUUGGCGGACGAGCGGUAG